AUGUGGAUUCAACCGGUUUUGUGGUAUUGUAGCUUCAUGGUGUGGUACCAAAUCUUCACCACGGCGUUCUUGACUUUCGUUGCUAUCGAGAAUUGGACGUAUCUUUGCAUUAUUUACCUAAUUUACGUUGUGGUAAGUGUUUUGAUUGAUAAUCUUGAUGUUUUGGUUUUAAUGUUAAAUUCUUUUCCUAUUUUAUGAUUUGUAAAGAAAGUUCUUGCCAUUUUGGGGAUUUCAGAUAAAGUUCUUGCAAUUCUAUGAUUUGUAAAGAAAGUUCUUGCCAUUUCCCUUACUGUAAAGCAAUUUCUUGCCAUUCUACGUUUUGUAAAGAAAUUUCUUGCCAUUUUUAACCUCUCAUCUUUUCAGCUCUUCUCAUUCACAUUAGGAUGUCUCUUUCAAGCCUUCUACGCACCUUUUCCCACGUUACCUCCUGAAUAUCAUUUGCCAGCGAAUUGGCUUGAAUUGGCUGAAACUGAACACAAGAAUGAGCCAGAAUAUGCUAGAAUGUACUACAAAGCUCGAAGUUUUGCUCGCGGCCUUACAAACAUACGAAGAGAGUAAGUUAUGGUAUUUUUAGUCUUUGCACGGUGCAAUUUCAUAACAGGUUAGGCACUGCACUGUGCAAUUUUAAACAUUUUAGAGAUUGCACGGUGCAGUGCCUUGUAAGUUUUGAAUUUGAAUUUGAAAAGAAAAAUUAUGAAAUAAAAUUUUAGGACAAUAAGAUUGAACGGCAAAACGAUGAAAUUUCCGAGCUUUUGCCUCAAGUGUAAUAUCAUCAAGCCAAAGGACACUCGGCAUUGUAAUCGAUGUAAAGCUUGUCUACCUAGAAUGGAUCAUCAUUGUCCGGCGUUAGGUAAGACUUGUAAAGAAAGUUUUUGCUAUCUUUUGCUUUGUAAAGAAAGUUUUUGCUAUUUUAUGCUUUUUAAGGAAAGUUCUUGGCAGUUCAUGUCUUGUAAAGAAAGUUCUUGCUAUUUUUAGCUCUGUAAAGAAAGUUACUGCGUUUUAAUUAAAAAAUUUUAGUGUAAAAGCUGAAAGCAAUAGUAUUAUAGGUAAAUGUGUCCACUUUGGGAAUCACAAGCAUUUUCUGGUGUUUCUCAUCUACUCCGUGCUGAUCUGUACCUACACGGACGUUGUCGCCGGCUACUACACGUGGGCCGCUUUCGUGUAUUGUCGAGAGAACAUGGUAUCAGAGCUGCUGGUACCGAUUUCUGCCGCUGCUACUGGACUGAUUCAGACGAUUGUGAGGUUUCUACCGUACCCUACCCUACUCUUCCCUACCAUACCCUACCUUACUCUACUCUGCUUUGCUCUAUCUUACUCUACCCUACCUUAACGUUAACCAUACUUACCCUAUUUACCCCGCCCUAUCCUAUCCUGCCUUGAUCUGCUCUGCUUUCUACCCCAAACUUAUUCUACCGUACUCCAUAUUCUCUUCUUUUGAUUACAGUACGUUUCAGAGUUUUCCAAUAAUUCUCGCCUGGUUCCAGUACGGACUAUGGGAAAGCGUACUACAAGGAAUACUGACAGUCGAAGCCUGCUACGAAGAUGAAAAGGCAAAGAAGGUUCCAAGAAGCGCCUGGCUCGGCAAUGUAAAGAAGAUAUUUGGCGAGCAUUACUGGGUCUGGCCUCUGCCCAUUCAAGAUCUGCCUGAAGAGAACGCUUACCUACUGUAA